UUAAUAAAUGACAAUUUGAUAGGUAUGGCUUUGUUUACCUCAAGUUGAUGUGACGAAUAUAAUAGUGAUUGAUUCCAUCACACAACUUAAGUUGUUAUUGGUUAACCUAAUGCCUAUGUUCUCUCUGGUGAGUAAGUCGUUCAGUUGCGACUUCCGUUAAUUGGCGAUUUGCUGAAAUACGAUCUGUCGCACACUGUAAUGUAAACAUGGCCACCUAAUAUGGGUAAUUUAGUUAGUUGGGUACAGGGGGGUGUAGCUCUAUAGAGAAUUGCUGCGUUACUCUGAUAAUAUGAAUUACGAAAUCAGAAUGCCAACUGUUGAAAUGUAAUGAGUAAUAAGUAAAGUUGGCAAGUUGCAACUUAAAAUUGUUCUAUUAAUUUUCGAUGGUCACCAUUUACGAAUUAAUCUUUUAUUUAUGAUUAUUACGAAUUAACGUACUAACGCGUGUGACAUUUGAGUUUUAGUCAUCCUAUUAUAGUAUUAUUUUUCUGUGUUUAAAUAACAAAAAUGCCGUCCAAAAACUGUAUUGUUAAAUUUUGUGACACAACAUACAAAGACAAAAAAACUAUUCGGCAUUUAUUUCCUCGAGAUGAAUCUCUUUUUUAUACUUGGGUUCAACGCACAGGAAAUCAAAAAUUAAAUAAUUUGAGUAUGCCAGUUAUUUACAAAUCAUAUGUUGUUUGUGAAAAACAUUUUGAUGACAGCUGUAAGAGCAUAGGAACUAAAAAGUUGAAUCGCAAUGCUUUACCAACAUUGAAGUUGCCGAUUGGUAUAAAUUUGAAUGAACGUUUUAAACCCCAUCCACCUAACAGUAACAAUGAUGUAGAUGAAAUGAUCGUGCAAGAGCCUAACUCACAUCCAUCAUGUUCUACAGGUUUAAAUGUUAUUGAAUCGUAUGAGUCUCCUUUAAAGAAUACAAGGAAUAUUCCUAUUAUAUUUGAUUCAGAAACAUUAGCUGAUGUUAGCGGUGUGAUGUGCUUAAAAAAUAUUAGUGAUCAAACUCCAGAUCCAGCCCCAUUAUGUUCUACAGGCGCGCGGUAAACUAGUGUUCCGCGAAUGCGUAAAAAUCGCAAAAUAGCGAACUUCAAUAGGCCAUAACUUCAAAACUAAGUCCGUGCGGAAAAUUCUGACUUCACCAUCGUUUUCAGCGUA